AUUUCUAAAAACCUAUAGUUUGUAUAUAAUAUAAACUAUAAUAUAUAGAUUAAAAAAUGUUAAAAGGAAUUGAAAUUAGAGCAAAUAUUGAUCAAAAUGUUCAAAAAAUUUUAAACAAUGAAUGUUUAGAAUUUCUCUCACAAUUAGAAAGAAGAUUUGGCGGUAUUAGAGAUAAUUUAUUGCAAAAAAGAAAAGAAAGACAAGAUCAAAUUAAUGGUGGUAUUCUCCCAGAGUUCUUAGAAUCAACCAAGGCAGUUCGUUCAGGUGAUUGGAAAUGUUUACCAGUACCACAAGAAAUUCAAGAUCGUCGUGUUGAAAUUACUGGUCCAACAGACAGAAAGAUGGUUAUCAAUGCUUUAAAUAGUGGUGCCAAAGUAUUUAUGGCUGAUUUUGAAGAUGCCAAUUGCCCAAAUUGGGAAAAUUCUAUCUAUGGCCAAAUUAAUAUGAUUGAUGCAAAUAGUAGAACCAUCUCAUAUACCUCACCAGAUCGUAGAGAAUACAAACUUAAUAAGGAUGUUGCAAUUCUUUUUGUUAGACCAAGAGGAUGGCACUUAAAUGAAGAACAUAUUUAUAUUGAUGGUAAAGCAAUGUCUGGUUCACUUUUCGAUUUUGGUUGCUAUAUUUUCCAUAACCAUCAAAUUUUAAAAAAUAGAAACUCAAGUCCAUACUUUUAUUUACCAAAAUUAGAAAGUCAUUUAGAAGCUAGAUUAUGGAAUGAUGUAUUUGUAUUUUCACAAGAAUAUUUAAAAAUGCCAAUUGGAACUAUUAAAGCUACAGUUUUAAUUGAAACUAUUUUAGCCUCAUUCGAAAUGGAUGAAAUUUUAUACGAACUUAGACAACAUUCAGCAGGUUUAAAUUGUGGCAGAUGGGAUUAUAUUUUUAGCUUUAUUAAGAAAUUCCAAAACUAUCCAAACUUCAUAUUACCAGAUAGAUCCAAGGUCACAAUGACAAGCCCAUUUAUGGACACUUACGUUAAACUUUUAAUCUACACUUGUCAUAGAAGAGGUGUUCACGCUAUGGGUGGUAUGGCUGCUCAAAUUCCAAUUAAAAACAAUAAAGAUGCAAAUGAUGCCGCUAUGGAAAAAGUUAGAUUAGACAAAUUAAGAGAGGUAAAAGCAGGUCACGAUGGCACAUGGGUCGCCCAUCCAGCUCUCAUCCCAAUUGCAAUGGAACAAUUUAACCAAAACAUGAAAAAUGCAAACCAAAUUGACUACAUCCCACAAACACCAAACUUUUCCCAAAUUCAAAAAUCAUUAUUAGAAGUAUCAAAAAUUAAACCAGGAGAUAUCACUGAAGAAGGUUUCAGAAGCAACAUUGUUGUUGGUAUCGAAUAUCUUGAAGCUUGGUUAAAUGGUAAUGGUUGUGUUCCAAUUUUUAAUCUCAUGGAAGAUGCUGCCACUGCUGAAAUUUCCAGAUCACAAAUUUGGCAAUGGAUUAGACACAGAGCCCCACUCCCAAAUGGAAAACCAAUUGACAUCAACUAUUAUAACAAUCUUUUAAGCGAAGAAGUUUCAAAAUUAGAAAAAGCUCAUCCAAAAUCAACAACCCUUAAACAAGCCAUUUCAAUUUUCAACAAUCUUAUUGUUUCACCAACAUUUAUCGAUUUCUUAACUCCAUCAUGUUAUAAUGCUAUUGUUAGUUCUGAAAAAGUUAAUUCACCAUCAGGUUCUGCAAAAUUAUAAUAUAAUAUAAUAUAAUUUACUUUUAAAAUAUAAUAUAAAUAAAAAUAUAAUAAACCCU